AAUUUUCAUUUCGAAAACCAUUGUUCUCCGUUUUUUUUGUCACUUGUAGAUUUACAAUUUUACAAUAAUUGAUAAUUCAUCUUUUUUUUUGGUAAAUCAUGUUUUACGUUCCAGAAAUUUUGACCCAAAAAGGUCCAUUAGCGAUUGUAUGGUUGGCAGCUCAUUGUGAUAAAAAAUUAACUAAAUAUCAGAUUGUAUCGUCAAAUGUUGAUGAUUUAAUCUGUAUAAUAACAUCAUCAAACAUGAAGAUUUCUUUACGGACCACUUGUGAUCUUAUAAUUGGCUUAUCAAAAUUGGUCAAAUUAAAGAGUAAAUUUUUUUACAUUGAAUCUAAUCGUACAACAACGGCCAUCCAUAUGAUGGCCGGUCAAAUUAGUGGCCGUGCCAAAACUAAAUCCCGACAACGGGUAAUUAAUUUACCAGAUGAUCAAUUUUCAAUCGAUUUAAAUCUGCCAGAAAUUUAUGAAUUCAUAGACAUGAAUCUACCAGCUCCUUCAACUUUGUUUCCACAAUCAUCUGUUCCUCUAGAACGUAGCGUAUCAAGAGGUUCGAUUACCAUGCAGGAGAUACCACCAUUAACCGAAGAUGAGCUUCGUUUGGAACAAGAGAUUCAUGAUCGACUUUAUGGUGAUGUUAAUUCGGUAGAUUUCAACGAAUUUUUUGACGAUGUUUUACCGUCGCCACGUCCUCAGCAACAAUCACCGCCUAUUCCUAUUGCUUCACCAUCAUCACCAGAACUGAUGCCGCCGCCAUCGACAAUCCCAAUGGAAAUAGAAUCUUCUCAUGUUGAUGCUCAACAAAUGGCUGAUGAUCACACAAUGACCGGAAUAGUAACACCACCGUUGCCUUUUUUUCAGCCUAGUCCUCCACAAGCUAUUGAAAAAACUGCAGAGAAUGGUAGAACAAAACGUCCUAAACCAGAACAGAAUUUAUCUUCAACCAUUGAAAAACGACGCCGUACUGAUACUAUUCGUUCUGAUCGUGAUCAUCUUGGUAGUUUAGAAUUGCCCGUUUUAGAUGAUUCGUCAAUACGACAUAAACCACGAGCACGUCCAAUUCGAACUAGACGUUUUCGUCUCAUCAAUGAUUAUAAUAAUAUGAUUUCUGAUAAUACUAUUCGGCAGAAUAUGCUUGAAUCAUAUAAUUGUUUAAAUACAUUGUCAAAUGUUUUCAUCCCGAGAAAGAAAUUGUUUGAUACUUGUGCUGAUCUAUUCAACCGGCCAGAAAGAUCAUUGGCUAAAGGUUUUGCUUUUCAUUUUCAAAAUGCUUGUCUUAAUUCACAGCCAGAACCAGAAAUUCUAACAACAACAAUUGAAAGAAUCAAUGGUGAUGAUCAAGUUCCUGAUAUCGAAAUGUCAUCUCAUUUAAAUGAGGAUUUUUUCCAAGAAACGUUACCUGGACCACCACUACCAUCAAUUGAAGAAUUACCACCACAAUUAUCGCCAUUACCAUCAAUUCAUGGUGAUGAUCAUGUUCCUCCACAAAUUGAUUAUGAUCAUGGUGAAAUUCCAUUGGCCAGAGGCGAACAUACUGGUACAGAUAAUUAUUCAAUGCCAAUGCCAAGCAUUCCAGAAUUCUCUACAACUGAUCGUACAAUUAUUGAUGAAAAAUUCAACGAAACAUUAGAUGAUUUGUUUGCAACAUCUGCAGAUAAUUUACAAUUUGAUCAGCUUAGAAUUUAUGAUAAUCGUAAACGUACGGCACUUUUGUAUUUCUAUAAUCUGUUGUUGAUGAAAAAUCGUGAAUUAAUCGACAUGGAACAAGAAUCAUCAUUGGAACAAUUUAAUCCUAUCUACAUUUAUCGUAUUAAUCGAUCAGAAGCGAUUUAAUUUU